CCUACAGGUUGUCUCAUUGGAACUACAACUCGCGCUACCCGACGCAAGUUGUAUUUCCAAUGAGACAACCUGUAGGUGGACCGUCCCCUACAGGUUGUCUCAUUAGGGCUGUGUUCCUGACAUGUUGUACACUGAUUCUUACUCACACAAUAAAUAAUGAAGCUCAAUCAAUCGAGUGAAAUAUGUCAAUAGGUACUUUUACCUCAGUCGGCUGUGACUGGAUCUGUGGGUGUCGUAACCCAUGAUGCACCUGCAUGUACAGUAGGACAGCGUGUGCAUGUGCGCACCUCUACCUGGCAAUGAUGACUUCCCAUGGCACUGAAACUACAGUGAUUAAAAACCCAUCCGUCCCAAUGUGAGUUCUGAGCCUGUUAGAGAUACGCACAGUCCACAGCCCUCUGAUAGCGCCUGUUUAUUCGCUUGCAUCUACACAAGUUUGUUGCAAUGUUUCCUAUGUCGCCAUACCCACAGGCUACAGGAAGUUGGCAACAAGAGGGAAAACACUGACAAACUUUAGACAGCGAAUGAAUUAAAUUUGUUCAGAUCUACAUAGCUCGAUGCAGCAGAGAGUGUACGUCAGGCCUUUCACAUUGCUUCACUCAGAUCGAUAUGCGCCAACAUACUUUGCCUUUCAAAUGACUAACAACCACAGUAAAAGGAUGGUAUUGUUGUUAACAGCAUGGACUCGCACACCUCGAGCCCUCACCCCCCUUAAAACACUAAAACCCCACCCUGGUUUACAGUACCAGUCACUUCCAUCCCCUACUGUUUGUCCAGCGUUAAUAGUUAACCAAAUCCCUAAACACUGUAUAUCCACAGUCCCAACUCAUCCCAAGUAUGACACGGUCACCUGAAUGCUGGUCGCUGCAUCAGUCACAAUACACUCUUUCUUUGCUUGAUUCAUUGGAGAAAAUGAAUUGAAUGAGCAGGAAGUAAAGGACCGCUUUCUGCACAGACGCCACAAGUAAUUUCGAGGAAUGAUUUGUUCUGGCGUUAAUUUUUAAGAAGAUGAAUCCUCAUUCCCCAUAAAUUUCAUUCACAUGAUGUAAAGCCCUUUCCAACAGGAUAAAGGCCUUUUUAGAGCUGCGCAUGAAUAAUCACUGUUUUUCAAGAGGCCUGCUGCUGAAGAUUGUUUUCAUAUCUGUUUUUCCUGCAUCUCCUCAAUGGCCUGUUAAAGUGAGGAUUGGGAAUUACCUGCAGAGGAAAGGUGGAAGUCAUGGCUGAACUCCAGUGCAGAUAAUAUGGGCUACACAUUUGCUUCAUCCAGCAGGAGUCAAUGAAAUGCAAGCUGUAGUAACAUCUUUUUUUCAUUGCUGCUGGGACUUCCAUCACUAUGCCCACCUUCUUGACUCUUGAAAUAUUUUUUGUUAAAAAUACCAAUUGUUUUUUUAAGCGCUGCUAAAAUAGGAGCUGCAAGCUCUGCAUCUUUCUUGCCUGCUUAGAGUAACAGAGGGUGAUCAGGUAUCAUGAGUACAUGGAUGACCCCAAUACCAAGGCAUGGAGAAAGGAGGGGGUGCUACAUAUACCUUAAAUAACUUUCAAAUGUGUACUUUUAGUACCUUUUUAGUUUGGAUUCCAGCAGCUUUUCAUACAUAAAAUGAUUGGUCAAAGAAAAUGAACAAACAGAAAUAUUUACAGUAUGUUUAUCUGGCAACUUCACCCUGCGACGUAAGCUCUGGACUGCAAACCAGUGCCGAGCCUGUCAAGAUUGAUGGUGUUGUUUUGCAGCCGGAGGUAACUGGAGGUUAUGCUCACAUCUGUUCUCUGUAACUCAAUCACUUGGACAGGCAGCAAGACAGUCUCAACACAUACUUCAGUGGGCUAAAAACAUUGUUUUCUCUUUUUUUAUUCAGUCCCGUUUUCUUUCCUCUUAGCCUCUUUCUUCCCAGCUACAUUUUUGUUUGUAUUAGCCCUCCUCUCCAGUCUCCAUAAAGUAAACUCGCUUCAUUCUUUUCUGGUCAUAAACUGGGUAAUUACAGGGCAGUCAAACCUGGACAGCACCCCACUUACACACACUCAGCUCAUAUACUUACCAGGAGGAGAAGGCAGGAAAAAAGGAAAAAGCUACCGUCAUGAUAAUAAAGGACUUGUUGGCCGGGGUUACUAGAGGGCAACAGCCAUAACUCCUCUCCCUGUGUGUGUGAAAGGAAGAGAGAGAGAGAGCGAGAGCCAGAGCACAACACAGCGAGACAAGGAUCAUGUGGCUGGAGUGUGCCGUGACCACCGCUCAACGCUGAAAGGGAGCAGCACCCUAAACGGGGCGGAUACUUAAGCUUCCAAACCACUGGACUCACAAGCUCUACUCUUAUUUUCCAAACCUCCUGUAACUGACAAGUCCUCCAACGUCAGAAAAGCCCGCUGGGCCCCCGUUUUGGAAAAUUAGCUGCCAUACAGGCGCCAAAUAGGAUCUGGUGUGGUGAAUAUGGAAUUGGAUGAGGACUGUACGAUUUCGGACUGGGAGGCCAUGUUGGAGCUGGAUGAGGCGUUGGCAGGGUGGCUCCUACAGGGUCCAGCUAGAGGGGAGUGGGGUUGGGAGUGGGGCUGGGCUCCCUCGGACCUUCAGGAUCCUGUGUGGGACACUGAGGAGAUCCCUGCUGUGCUGAGCCCGACAUACAAGCAGCGCAAUGAGGACUUUAGGAAACUCUUCAAGCAGCUCCCUGACACAGAGAGACUCAUUGUGGACUACUCUUGUGCUCUUCAACGCGACAUCCUCCUGCAGGGACGACUCUACCUCUCUGAGAACUGGAUCUGUUUCUAUAGCAACAUCUUCCGCUGGGAAACACUGCUGACAGUGCGGCUAAAGGACAUCUGCUCAAUGACAAAAGAAAAGACUGCCCGCCUCAUUCCCAAUGCCAUCCAGGUCUGCACUGACACUGAGAAGCACUUUUUCACCUCAUUUGGAGCCAGGGAUAGGACUUACAUGAUGAUGUUCAGACUGUGGCAAAAUGCGCUGCUGGACAAGCCCCUGUGCCCCAAAGAACUGUGGCACUUUGUUCAUCAGUGCUAUGGCAACGAGCUAGGCCUAACUAGCGACGAUGAGGACUAUGUUCCACCGGAUGAUGAUUUCAACACCAUGGGGUUCAGUGAAGAGAUUCCCAAUGAAGAGAAUGAGAUCAACAAUGACAACUUGUCUAAGAGCAGCGCUGAGGCCAAGCCUGAGGGGAGCCCUCCUUCGCUACAUAAGAAGGUCAUCCCAAACAUCACCAUCCCUAGUCCAGGCAACCAUGACACACCCAUCACAUUUGACCUCCCAGCAGAAGAGUAUGCAGACUGCCUACCAGAUGGCGAGCUGCUUGCUCUGCCCCUUUUGCUGGAAGAGAACAAUGAUACCAGCGGGCCUGGUGGUCUUGUCUCCUCACCCUCUCUGGACUUCAACGACAACGAAGACAUCCCCACUGAACUCAGCGACUCCUCCGAAACGCACGACGAGGGUGAAGUACAGGCCUUUCAUGAGGAUCUGAAUGGCAGGCAGUACAUCAAUGAGAUCUACAAGUUAAGUGUGGACAAGCUCUACGCCAUCCUCUUCACAGAGUCGCAGUUCAUGAGUGACUUCAUGGAGCAGAGACGAUUCUCAGAGGUGGUGUACCACCCGUGGAAGACAGAGGAGGCUGGGAACCAGACAAGAGAGAUCUUGUACACCAUCUCGCUGUCCAACCCCCUGGCCCCCAAAACAGCCACAGUCACUGAGACACAGACUCUGUACAAAGCCAGCCAGGAGAGUGAGUGUUACAUCAUCGAUGCUGAGGUCAUUACACAUGAUGUGCCCUACCACGAUUACUUCUACACUCUCAACCGUUACAUGCUCACCAGGGUCGCCAAGAACAAGUGUCGGUUACGGGUAUCGACAGAGCUGCGCUACAGGAAACAGCCGUGGGGGCUGGUGAAAGGCUUCAUAGAGAAAAACUUCUGGAGCGGGCUAGCAGAGAACUUCCGCCAUCUAGAGUUGGAGCUGGCCAAGCUGGAGGAGAUACUGGAGUCCCACCAGCUCUCUCCGAAGGUGAUAAAAAACUCCACGGUGAGGCGGAAGAAGAGGCCACUCCCCCACAUGCGCAGCCAGCAUAUGGACGAGGCGCUCAGCCCCGUUACCACGCCGACAGAUGAGGAAGUGAUUCAGAGGAUCAAACAAGUGGCAGGCUCCACACAAACCAGACACCAGAGUCCAGAGCACCAUCACCUGCCUGCAGGCCUCGCUCUCUACAGCGUCUCCAAACUGCUGCUCAUCAUCAGCUUUGUGAUCUGUCUAAGCCUGGUCCUGCUGGUGUUCCUCAACAUGAUGCUCUUCUACAAGCUGUGGAUGCUGGAGUACUCGGCGCAGUCUUUAACAACCUGGCAAGGCCUGCGGCUUCAUGAAAGUAAACUGCCUCAGACACAGAUGGAGUGGGCCCAGCUCCUGGAGGCGCAGCAGCGUUACCAUGACGUCGAGCUGCAGAAGUGGAGGGAGAUUAUCAAGUCGUCAGUAGUGCUGCUAGACCAGAUGAAAGACUCCUUAUUGAACCUCCAGCGAGGCAUUGGUUUAAGUGAUUACAGCUCCGAGGCUGAGGAGAAGAGAAGUCGCUAUCACUGACACAUCACCAACAAGGCCAUGAGGGCGUGCUGUGCAAUAUACUGUAGGACCUGUUUUGUUUGUGAACCAGUAUGCAGGCAGCAGCAAGACAAAGAGAGAGGACAGAGGGGGAGGCGGGACCAACGGUGAGCUGGUCCAAUAGACACAAAGAGUGGAACAGUCGUCUACAGUGCACAGAGCUUAGAACCCCCAGGAGGAGGAAAUUGACGGACAGAAAGUUCCCCUAUCACACACAGGAACUGAGGUGUCCCCAACAUCAUUGAAGCAUUGUGGGAAGGUGCUCCUUCUCUACACCUGCGGGAUGAACCGUUUCCUUCUACUCUCUUAUUUCCAAGUGCAUCCUACUGUAAGCCAUUUCGACCAGAGAGUCGCAGAGAGAAAGAAGGAAAACUACUGCAUGCAUUUAGACAACCUAGCUCCCCUCAGUCAGUGUUAACGUGGUCCAGUUCCAGUCUAUGUGUGUCAAAAUAAAAGAAGAACAGAAGACGAGGUGAGACUGAGUCGAAGAAAGGGGGGGGGGGUCCCUUUGAGUCUUAAUGGCUGUCUACACUCUCUAGACUGUUCCAAACCUAUCGUCCCCCGAGAGGUCCUGGCUGCAGCGUCCUUUUAGUAACCUCCAUGUGAUCAGAGUACGGUAUCGUUCCACAACCAAAAAGGAGUGUUGUAGCUGGGAGCUCAGCUUCACCAGUCGGUCCCUAUUGCCUUGUUUGAAGCUUGCCUGUGUUGUCUUUGUCAGGGCUGGUUCCCUGUCAGACUGUUGUGUUGAAAUAUUUAUAAGUAGAAUCUAAAUGACUGAUGCGACCUAAGCCAGUACUUUUAACAUUAUACACAAUUUACAUAAUCAGUCGUCCCUGCCACAGUGUUGGCUACCUUGCGUUGCAUUAUUCCUCAUCCUUCUAAUGAAGUAGAAUGUAUUAGCCUGGACAAAAAGGCCAGAACUUAGCCUAUUCAUUUUUGAAAAAGGGGUGCUGCAGCCAGACCAAUAGGGAGACCUGUGUUCUUACAUGUUUUAUUACUAAACUGUGACUAUAUCUCUUUAAAAAUGUUUCAAAUUAGAAAGAAUUCUAUGAAGAUAUUUGAAAUAUAUAAGAAUAUUUCAUUAUUUAAUAUAUAUAUUUCAAAAUAUAUAAACAUUACCUAUAUUUAUUGUUAAUUAAUGUACAUAAAGAAAUUAUCAGAGCUCUAGACCAGUUAAGGAAUUUCUAACGAAGUGUUUUCUUCUAAAAAUGCAUGCCAGAUAUGUCUGUGACAUGUCCAGUGUGCAAGUAUGAUUCUGCAUUUGCGCGAUUAUAUUCGCGCAUGUGUGUGUGAGAGUGCGUGCAUGCGUGCGUGUGCGCACAAGUGUGUGCUGUAAAGUGUGACAUUUUUACCAUUCCACACUUGUAUGUUUCUUAAUUUUUCUUUUCUGGCUUCAGCGGCCAGACUGCCUUUUUAAUGCUAAUGCAUUUGGAUGCCGCCUUGCAUUUGCCCCACCAGGGUACAGUUUACAAUCGAAGAGUUUUGUUCCAAAAUGACAUAUCCAACAUUUGAAAACAAAGUUACACCUACUUUCACAAAAUUAUUGAUUGCUUAAAAUAUCAAUUAAUGUCACUGUUUGACACAUACUAUGUAGCUAAAAUCCAUGGUUGACAAAAGGAAGAAGACAGAAUUGAUCAUCUAAAUGAACUUGAUUAUUUUUCUCUGAUAAAUGGAUAUAAAACAUUUUGGAGAUGAACCCUUCAUUUGCCCUCUAUGAGCAACUCUUUGUCCAUGUCACCACAUUAGUGGCUUGACAUCUCUAAAAGGAACAGUUUUCAAAUUCACUUACUCGCUUUCUUGCCGAAAGUUAGGUACCACUCUCGUGUCUGUAUGUUAAAUAUGAAGCUACAGCCAGCAGGCGAUUAGCAAGCAGUUUCCUCCUGUUUCCAGUCUUUAUGCUAACCCAACUCCUGGCCCUACCAUAGGCUGUAUUCAAGAAGUGGACAUAGCCACCGCAACGUCACCCAUUGGUUUGUGGACUACCGUUUUGAAGCCUCGAGUUUGGCAUUUUGUCCAUCGCCAUUUGUUUUUGGAGCCAGAAGUCACCAUAUUUAGAUGAGAGGGUGGUGCUGGGGAGGAGCGCUAAAUGAAAUGCUAAAUUACGAGCUAGCGCUAGCUAGCUUGGUUAGCAAGGUGCAUCUGUAAUGCUUAUUUUGGCUAGCGAAAAACAGGGUUAAAACUAAAUGUAUUUACCGGGAAAAUGAAGAGUCAACUUCUUAUUGUCUUUUAGUACGACCAGACGCUGUAAGUAAAGCUGUAAAGUAGGGUCAUUUUCUCAUAGAGUUCUAUAAAAGCCAACUUCUUUUUGCAACCAGUGGAGUCGCCCCAUGCUGGCCAUUAGAAAGAAUGCAGGUUUGAGGCAAUUCGGCAUUGGCUUCACUUUUCAGGCCCGGAGGUUGCCAUCAGGGCUCUACUGGCUAACCGCCAGCUAGCUUAGCUAACAGGGGAAAUCACUCGUCUGGCUAGCAUACAGGCUAGCCAGGCAAACUGUUUGCCCUUUUUUCCAGUCUUAAUGCUAGUGUAACCAUCUCCUGACUCUAGCUUCUUAUUUAGCGUGCAUAUACACGUAUGUGAGUGGUAUCAAUCUUCUGAUAUAACUCUCGGCAAUAAAGCAAAUAAGCAUAUUUUCCAAAUUGUCAAACUAUUCCUUUAAAAACACCUACUUCAACCCAUAUUAUACUCUCCCCGAUUUCAAGUGUCUGUCUUGGAUGCAAUGAAAGCAUGAAAAUGAACUUUACGUAACUAAAUUGAACCAAAAGAAAAGUCAAAAUGUACCUUCACAAAUUAUCAUGUUGUUUUAAAUGAAGUAUUUAUCAUGUAUGUCAUGUAUUAUAUAUAUACUGGGUUAGGUGCGGUAAAGAGCAUCUCUGAAGAGUUUGUCAACAGCGAUCCCUGACAGCUGACAGACUUUAGUGAUGAAAGCACUUCUAAAAAUAAACAAAACUUCCUUGUGUUAAAAAAAAAGAGAAAUUGAAAGCCCUUUAAGGCCUUUUCAGAUAAAGCAUGAAAGAAAGAAAGAAAGAAAUGACAGCAAUUUAUUUUGGAGGUGAUUGCAGGGCUGGGGAAAUUGUUUUUGUGGUGUUUUAGUUCAUUUGACAAUCACACUGGUGAUUUACAACUUCCAAACUCAUUAGAAAUGGCUGGAUUUUAAUCCUGCUGGAUUGUUGUGCAACAAAUUACUUCUGCUGGAAUGGAAUAUUUGUGCAUUAUUCUAUUCAACAUGUGAAUUUCUUUCAAUGUCACAUCCCAAAGCCCAAUCUAAGACUGAAACACUUGUCUUUUUCAGGGCAAGGCAGGAAUGAGUGAUUUGUAUGAGGGAAUUGUAUCUUUACUGUGCGCCUGCAUGGUGUGUUACUGACUGACUUAUUGAGAACAGCAGAAAGGCUUCAGGAUUGGACCCCUACUGUGUGUGUGCGUGUAUUACAUUUUAAGAAGGCACUGAGUUAUGAUAACACAUGGGAACCUUAAGACCUGAAUGUUAGUGGUUGGAAAUGUUUUCUGUUUUAUAGAAAUCACUUUCGCAAUCCUGAUGUUACACUUCAUGGAUAUGAUGGUACAGAAAUGUCAUAUAUAUAUAUGAAAGUGUGAGUGAUUUGAAAUGAUUUAAAGUGUAUGUUUUUUCAAAGUGAAAGAUGAAAUGUUUUUUUGUUUUUUUCUCACAAGCUUGUAUUUCAUUUUUUCUUUUAAAAAUGACAACAUUCUCAUACUGUUUUGAACGAAACAUGGUAAAUGCUUGAUUAAGUUGGUUGUACUCCCCAACGUUGGUUUUAUUGACCUGAUUUUAAUCUUGGGACAUUGACACUUUUAUUUCACUGUCAAGGCUGAGGGAAGUCGUUUAUAGAGAAGACACAUUUUAAUAUUGAACUGCUGUGAACACACAUCCUCCUCUGUCCAAAUUAGAUAUUCACUCAAGCCUCCAAGGAACUGUCACAGCGGAACUGAAUUUAAUUUCAUCAAUCUCCACAAUUAUGCAAAUUAAAUAUUUUUUCACCAUCAUUCCCUUCAAAACUUCAUGUUUCUUAUUGGAUCCAACAAAUUUGACUUAAACUAAUCCAAGCUACGAGACCCAGGUAACAAAUGUUUUGCUCUUUUUGUUUUUCAAUCUUUCUUCUUCACAGUUUAUCUGCAUUACACGAACGAUUGUAUGACUGCUAUCGCUGCACAGCUGUGGAACCAAGGUGACCUGAGAGUUCUGGAUGCCACAGUUAUGUCACUGACAACUAAUGAAUUGUCGGCUUCAUUGACUGUAUUAAUUGUCCCAGAGCCAGCAAGACCUUGGUGCAACACGGUACUAGCUAACCACCUUGGUUAACGUAUGAUAGGAAUUACACACAACCUGCUGAAAAUGACCACUGAUCAAACUCACAGCAAAUUCUUCUCAAUCUUCUUUGAGUGUGUCUUGAUAAAAUAUGUACUGGUGUAGUUCUGUUCAAAAAGAAUUCUACUGUGUUUUUUUUUUCUUUUCUUUUUUAGAAAAUGUUUUGAUUUCUAGAGAGACUUUUAGUUAACUUUCUACAUGAGAUAAAUAUACUGUAAGUAUAUGUUGUGUAUAUCUGCAGUGUGUGUGCACACACACACACACACACACACACACUCUGACAAAAGAAUCCAACCUGCGCUGCGCGUAGGUUUUGACUAGCUGAAGACUUUGCCUCAUAGAGACUGAAGAUAAAAGUGGCUUUCUGGUUCAUGUGAAGUAGAGAUGGAAGUAUGAAUAAAAAAAAAAUGUAUAAUAUA